GAUAGGACCUAGUGAUCGCCUGCGGCAGGCUAUAUUCGAAUUAGGCUAACGUCAGAUAUUUCAUCUCUAUUUUCGUCACAACUUAUCGUAUCGCAGUGAUAUACCAUGACGAGGUAGCUGGUUGCCUGUGUCAAAUUGAAAUAUCUGUAGCUGUAGGCAAGACAUGCGUUUGGGUAUGUAAAGUGAUUCAUAUGUUGUCGAAUUUCGCCUAAUAAUUUCUAAGUAUAUGUAUGAGAAUAAUGUUAAGCCAUGCACGGUGAUAUAUACUGAGGAUAAUACGUCAUGUGCGAUUUACACCGGACCAUACCUCACAUAAUAUAGUUCCACAAAAUAAAAUGUGAAGUAUGAGAACGAAAGUGUGUAAAGCUGACUUGAUCAUUUUUACAUUCUGCCUGUAGUAUUGUUGUAAAAAUGAAUUUUACUUGUACACAGCGGUAAACGAGAUUAUUAACAAGCACUUUUCUAGUAUAUCCAGAACUCUUCAAUAGCUUACUUUACGUUUUUGAUGAGCUUUGUCAUAUUCAACUCUACGCGGAAUAAGUUAGCUUUUGAGAGAUGAAGACUUACCUUGGAAUUAUUACCGUUGUGCUUGCAAUUGUGAUGUCCACUGAAGCAUGCGUUGGUUCUCAAAGAAAUCCUUCUCUUUCUGAAAUCGAGAUUUCAAACCUGGAAGCUGAUUACAAAUUUCAUUUUGAAAACAAAUCAGAACUUUCAGAAUAUAAGUUGACAUUGGUUAUGUCAUGGAAUAUAAGUGAAGGGGUAGAUUACGAUGGGAUACUGGUAAGGCUCACCGACAGCGAAUCUCAACCUCAAUUGAGAAAACGAAGAUUUAUUCCACCGCCUCCACCUCCUGUUAUCAACACAACACCAUCAUCGUGCAACAACAAAACACUAUGGACCGUUGAUAGUAACGGUACAUCGAUAGAAUGUCAAGUUCCAUGCAAGGGUAUAUUGAGUGAGCCUUGCCUCUAUUCUCAAGUUUGUGCGCAGCUUGCAAAUAACUUCACUUCUUUGCCAAAGAAUCAGAGAAAAUUAGAAAUGCCUAUUGAGUUCGGAAGAGUUUACAGAUUCAAAAUGAUGGUUUAUAAAGAAUGGAGUAUAGGACAUGAAGUGGAGUUCAAACUUACAGAGAUAGUGUCGUUUUGUCGACAUGAGCUAAUUACAAACCACAAAGUUGAUGAAACACUGGCACAUCAAUUCUGUACUGAUGAACAGGAGAUAGCAAAAAACACUUACUUCAGUGGGCCACCGGCAAACUUGGAAAUUUUCAAAGAGUAUAGAGAUAUGAGUAUCAACAGAGGAGUGGUUGAACUCCGGUGGAGCGACCCUCAUGACUUGCUUCCUAACGUUACUGUGCUAAGUUAUGCUGUAUUCGCAAGCAAAGGAGAACCCAACAGGGGAACAGUGUUUGCAAGUGAAAAAUCAGCAGAUGGAAAUUACACAGUAUUGAAAAUAACUAAUAUAAAAUUCGGGGAAGAAGUUGAAGUCAGAAUCACUCCAUAUACCGACAACUGUGACGGAUGCACAAAUUAUGGAUUUCCCGGCGUUGAAUUGUUCAAAUUUUCAGAUAUUGAUGCUUGCAAAGGAGACAAUAUUACAGAACCGUAUUGUCAUUCAGCAGCAAUCUGUCACGAUUUUCCGAGCAGUAAUGAGAGUUCUGCUUCAUGUACAUGCGGUGUGGGUUAUGAAGGAAAUGGAAUCGCGUACGCAGGAGGAGAAGGUUGCGUCGAUUAUGACGCAUGCGCUGCAAGAAAUGUCAGCAACCAUACCUGUCAUCCUUACGCUUUUUGUAAAGACUUACAAGCUCCGAGCAUGGGAGCAAAUUGUUCAUGCCCGGCUGAUUUCGUAGGAGACGGGUACAGAUCCGGAUCAGGAUGCACAAAACUAUCGUUAAUAAUUGCUUUAGGUGUUGGACUUCCUGCUGUAGCCUUGAUCGUUGUGGCUGUGCUGGCAGUUUUAUGGAAAAUGAGACUUUAUAAAAAGAGACAAAUCGAGAAAAAGAUGUCCCAUUUCUUCUCGACUCCCGAUGUGAAUUACACUUCAUCAAUAUCCAAAAGUAUAUUUAUGAAUAAAAAUACCAUGGAGACACAAGACAACGGAGUUUUCGGCAAAAAAUGGGAGCUCGAUCGAAAUUCAAUCGAACUGAAAGGCGUCAUCGGUCGUGGAAAUUUUGGGGUUGUUUACAGAGGAUUGUACACAGCAGAAGGAGAGGAAAAGUCAGCCGCAGUAAAAAUGACCCCAGAAAAUCCGUCGGAAUCAAUCAGACAAUCUUUUCUGGCUGAAAUAUCUUUGAUAACGUCAAUCGGUUUACAUGAAAACUUAAUCGGAAUGAUUGGAUGUUGUACAGCUGGUGAUCAACAAAAACCAAUAUAUUUGGUCUCGCAAUUCAUGAAAUAUGGAGAUUUAUUGCAUUUCUUGUGGGAUGCAAGAGAGGAAAGUAAUCGUCUCAAGGAUCCUAUCUACAAUUUGACGGAGUUGGGAAUCUAUCAUAUUGCUGCCCAGGUUGCAAAUGGAAUGCAAUAUUUGAGUGAAAAUAAAUUUAUUCACGGGGACAUAGCAGCAAGGAAUAUUUUAGUCGACGAAGGUCUCAAAUGCAAAAUUUCUGAUUUUGGAUUAGCGAACGAUGUUUAUCGAUAUGGCAUGAUCAAAGGAGCGGCAGAAAAAACCGUACCACUAAAAUGGGUUAGUCCAGAACGAAUGAUGGCUGGAAAAGUACCGAUUACAUGGAGAAGCGAUGUAUGGUCAUUUGGAAUAUUAUUAUAUGAAGCGAUCACGCUGGGAGCAUCUCCGUAUCCGGAAAUACCACGAGAUGAAAUAUUCGACAAACUGAAAAGUGGAUAUCGAAUGAAACAGCCUGAAUCAUGCAGUUUAUAUCUAUACAACAUUAUGCUCAAAUGCUGGGAAUGGAAACCAUUGAAACGUCCAACGUUCAAACAACUCGUGGAGGAUAUGAAACCGCCUUCAUUACAGGACUCCGAACACUAUGUUAAUAUUGUCGCUAUGGUGCCAACAUUAGACGCUUUAGAAGAGGAGGGAAGUUCUACGUCACAGAGUAUUGGAGUGUCACGUCAUCUUGAUAUUACACCUCCUCACCAAAACGGAAACUUAAAUGGAUCAUUGGUAGUCUGAUUCAAAUUUUGUGAAUUGAUUCGUAAUCCGUAUUUUACGCACGGAAGAUAGAACAGAAGAGGAAAGGAGGACAAAAGAUUAUGCGAAUGAAUUUAGCGCCAUGCUUUUGCAAUAUGACGUUUCAAACUAACUGAGCCACUGAUCCACUAUUACAACUCUUGUUUUUAAUAUAAGGUAUAUUCAGUCAAAUGUUGUUUUUUGUCCAUUGAAGAUAUAACCAAUUGAUGCUCUGUAGCUCAUUAGCGAAUAUAAAUUUACGAUGCAUGAAGGAAAAAAAUUGAUUGUGACUUUGAAAAUGGAGAAAUUUCUGUCGUAUAUUCAUUCGUCAAAAUUCUUUUAGAACUUUCACUUAAACUGACAAGUAGUCUUAGUAAUGGGGACCGAUGUUUUCAUUUCGCAGAACAUGCCUACUUGCAUUACCAUAUAAUAAGGGAGACGCUUUCUUAUUAUAUACAAAACAAUUCUAUUUCUAAACUGCAAUUAUUUUCGGUUUCCAUCAACUGAAAGUUCUGAUGAGUUUAAUCGAACGAGCAUAAUUUCCAUACGAACAAACUUAUGGACCAAUCCAAGUUCCAAUAUUGCUAAUUUUUACCACAAACCUUUAGCCGUUCAGUACCAUCGUAGGUAUUUGCAAAACUACUUUUAUUAUCCACGAAAAAUGUGUGUAAUUUAUUGUGCAAACCUCUAAAGAAAUCUAUCCCUUCUGUUAGAAAACGUCUGCAAGCAGAUCAUUUUUUAUUUAUUCUCUUUUUAUACUUAUUGAAAGUGAGCAAAAUUUUCAGCAACAUUUGAAAAUGCGUGAAUUAGAUAGUAUUGCAAAUUACUUUUGCCAAAUUCUAUAUAUUUUAAAAUUCAAUAUGGAAGCUAUGAAAAAGUUGCAUUAUCAUCAGCUCACAACGGUUGCUGCAAAAUUAGUUAUGAUUUAAAAUGUUUUAUUUUGUUUCUUGUUUCUUUAUUAUUUUCAUUAUAACUUUCAACUUUUAUUGAGAAAAUUGUAUGUGAUUUAUGCGCAUGCUCUUUAUUCAUUGGGUACAAAGGUCGAACAAGGGUUUUAAAUCACUAAUACGCAUCACAGAAUAUACAACAUUGACAUAAAACGUUUGGAAAUUGUAAAUUUGUUUUUACUUGAUCUCAAUCCAUGUAAACUGGAGUAAUUGUAAUCUAAUACUAAUCAAUAACAUGUUACGUUGUUUCAAGUUCAUUUUUAGAUUUGUAUUUUACUGUCAAUAUGUCAAAAAAUUAUGCAUAUUUCAAAUACAUAUAUAUUAAUUUGAAUAGUGAUUUAGUCUUAUAAUUUGAAAAUUUACACUUUAAACUUGACAAAUAUAAUCGUAGAGUUCGCUCAGCAUAAUAUAUUAAAAUAAACACCUAGAGCUGUCUUGAAAUCGAACAUUCCAUCUGACGAGAUGAUUCAACUCUUUUUACAAAACUAUUCACAGUUAAAACGGGGUUUGAAUGAAUUGGGUAGGCGAUACCGACCCAGCAAAAUUCCAAUCCUCUCAGAAUAGUAGCUCCUUACUUAUCAACUUGUCUAAAACCUUGUUCGGAGUAAAGCUCUGAAACUAUACAAAAAAAUUGGGAAAUAAUUAGAAAUGUUAGUCAUGUUGUUGUGCCGCCAAUUUCAGGCAAAAAUUAUAGUGUUGUACAUGAGUUUUUAACUGAUACUUAAUCCUAUGUAUAUUGAGUUGCUGCUCUAACAAAUAUUCCAAGAUAUGUUUUGAUUUAUUGAAUGCAUAUUAUUUUAAAUAUGACCUGAAAAUAAAUCAGUGAAUGAUGUA